UGAUCCUGCUGAAGGAGGGGACGGACACCUCGCAGGGCAUCCCCCAGCUGGUCAGCAACAUCAAUGCCUGCCAGGUGAUCGCAGAGGCCGUGCGUACCACCCUGGGGCCUCGGGGCAUGGACAAACUCAUCGUGGAUGACCGGGGCAAAGCCACCAUCUCCAAUGAUGGUGCCACCAUCCUGAAGCUCCUUGAUGUUGUCCAUCCAGCUGCCAAGACCUUGGUGGACAUAGCCAAAUCACAGGAUGCAGAGGUUGGUGAUGGGACCACGUCUGUAACUCUGCUGGCUGCAGAGUUCCUGAAGCAGGUGAAACCCUACGUGGAGGAAGGUCUCCAUCCUCAGAUCAUCAUCCGUGCCUUCCGCACAGCAACCCAGCUGGCUGUAAACAAGAUCAAAGACAUUGCUGUGUCAGUGAAGAAGGAAGAUAAAGAUGAGCAGAGAAGCCUGCUGGAGAAGUGUGCAGCCACAGCCCUGAGCUCUAAGCUGAUCUCCCAGAGCAAGGAGUUUUUCUCCAAGAUGGUGGUGGAUGCUGUCAUGAUGUUAGAUGACUUGUUACAACUCAAAAUGAUUGGAAUCAAGAAGGUGCAAGGAGGUGCUCUGGAAGACUCCCAGCUGGUGGCCGGGGUUGCCUUUAAGAAGACGUUCUCUUACGCCGGGUUUGAAAUGCAGCCCAAGAAGUACCAGUCUCCCAAGAUUGCCCUGCUGAACGUGGAGCUGGAGCUCAAGGCUGAGAAGGACAAUGCUGAAGUCAGAGUAAACACGGUGGAGGACUACCAGGCCAUCGUGGAUGCCGAGUGGAACAUCUUGUAUGACAAACUAGACAAAAUCCACAAGUCAGGAGCCAAGGUUGUCCUUUCCAAACUUCCUAUUGGUGAUGUGGCUACUCAGUACUUUGCAGACAGAGACAUGUUCUGUGCCGGCCGCGUCCCAGAGGAGGAUCUCAAGCGCACCAUGAUGGCCUGUGGUGGCUCCAUUCAGACCAGUGUCAACGCCCUGUCUGAUGAUGUUCUGGGCCGCUGUGAGCUCUUUGAGGAGACUCAGAUUGGAGGGGAGAGGUACAACUUCUUCACGGGCUGCCCCAAGGCCAAGACCUGCACCAUCAUCCUGCGUGGGGGCGCCGAGCAGUUCAUGGAGGAGACGGAGCGUUCCCUGCACGAUGCCAUCAUGAUCGUCAGGAGAGCAAUCAAGAACGACUCGGUGGUUGCCGGCGGUGGCGCGAUAGAGAUGGAGCUUUCCAAGUACCUCCGGGACUAUUCCAGGACCAUUCCAGGCAAGCAGCAGCUGCUGAUAGGUGCUUAUGCUAAAGCCCUGGAGAUCAUUCCCCGCCAGCUCUGCGACAACGCUGGCUUUGAUGCCACCAACAUCCUGAACAAGCUCCGAGCCAAGCACGCGCAGGGUGGCAUGUGGUACGGCGUGGACGUCAACAACGAGGACAUCGCCGACAACUUCGAGGCGUGCGUGUGGGAACCGGCCGUGGUGCGCAGCAACGCGCUCACCGCCGCCUCCGAGGCCGCCUGCCUCAUCGUCUCUGUGGACGAGACCAUCAAGAACCCCCGCUCCACCGUGGAUGCUGCUCCCAGUGCCCGGGGACGGGGCCGACCCCGACCCCACAACCACUGAUCCCCAGCAGGGUG